AUGCACCGCGCUGCAGGAGAUGUGGUACGCCUCCAUCACAACCUGCAGGAAGUCCACGUGAAACCUGGAUUCGACAAAGAUGAGGGCCUGUUGGGUACUGUCGUCGUUCACGGAGACGCCAAGUACUUUUUUCAGCAACACAAUGAGGGCGGCAACCUUUUCGUCGUUACGAACCACAAAGGCACUUUGUUUAAGUUUCUCACUCAGUUUCAUUUCUGCAUCCAGGCGAAUGACAACAGGGUUGUGAAGGCCGGCACUAGUGAACUCCGCCAGAACGCUAGGCAUCGUGGCAGAGAAGAGGGCUCGCUGACAGGACUCUGGCAGCUUCUGCAUGAUGGCGACAAUCUGCGGCUGCAAGCCCAGCUCAAAUAG